UAUUUUGUGUCCCAUUAGUCAGUAAAUGUGUCACACCUGCAGAGAGGGGAUUAUAAUCCUGACGGCAGCCUUGUACAACACCUAUAAAAUCCCCUCUGGCUAAUGCACCACAUGCUAACAAGGCAAACACAGAGGUGAGUUAGUCUUUGUGGAAGUUUGUUCAGUGUUCAUUAAGUUAGAAUUACUCUCCUUAUUAAUUACAGUCUAAAAUGUUGUUUGCUAAUGUCGGGUGAUGCUUUAUAACCCCUGAUCUGUGAGCCGUGGAGACCGUGACAUGAUUGUUUUUUAUUACAAAUCUGGCUUCCUCUGCAGUUUCUAAUGGAUGCCAGCAGCAGAGUUAUGGUGCAGGUGUUGUUGUUGACGUUGGUGGUUCAGGUCACCCUGUCCCAGCACUGGUCCUAUGGAUGGCUACCAGGUGGAAAGAGAAGUGUGGGAGAGCUUGAGGCAACCAUCAGGAUGAUGGGCACAGGAGGAGUGGUGUCUCUUCCCGAUGAGGCGAGUGCCCGAACCCAAGAGAGACUUCGACCAUACAAUGUAAUUAAUGAUGAUUCCAGUCACUUUGACCGCAAAAAAAGGGUCCCUAAUAAUUGAUGAGCUGCAGAACAGAAGAGAAACACAGACUGUAUCAUUGUCAACACCAGUGAUGGAUCAACAGUGUACAGCAUGCUAUCUCCAUCAUUUAUUACACAAAUAUCAAUUAAAUGGCUUUAAUGUUUAAAUCAAAAUUGUAAUAAACUUUUGAAUCCUGA